AAUUAGUGGUGUUAUAGGAUAAUGAGUUUUCCUUUCAUGGAAGUGUACCAUUCUUGUAAAUAUAAGAAAUAGAUAUGGGGCAUGUUUUAUAGUUGAGCAACAAUACAAGAAAAAAAAAGUGAUAAAUUCCCAAAGAAGAGAUUAGGCUUAUCAAGGAGUUUAUAAAAAGGAAAAGAAGGCAGAGGGGUGUGCUUUUUCUCCUUGUUCCUGUUGAUUGAAUUGCUCAUUUAAAACAGGUCUACAUUCAUGUUUCCACUAGUGUAUAAAUAGAUGGGAAGGGCUUGGACAAUAAGCAGAGGAAGAUAUUAAUUAAGAGUCAAAUAGGUGGAGAAGAUCAGAGCAGAGCAGGGCAGGGCAGAGAUGGAGUGGAGAAAAUCUUAUCUAGAUGUGAUACUAGUACCGCUUGGAUUCUUUAUCACCAUGGCCUAUCAUAUAUGGUUGUGGCAUAAGGUUAGAACGCAGCCCCUCUCCACCAUCAUUGGUACUAACUCCAGCGGACGCCGUUACUGGGUAUCUGCCAUGAUGAAGGACAAUGACAAGAAGAACAUCUUGGCCGUCCAAACGCUUAGAAACUUGAUAAUGGGAUCCACCUUAAUGGCCACGACAUCAAUCCUUCUGUCUGCUGGGCUGGCAGCCAUAAUAAGCAGUACUUAUAGCGUGAAGAAGCCAUUAAACGAUGCCGUCUAUGGGGCUCAUGGUGAAUUUAUGGUGGCAUUGAAAUAUGUGACCCUGCUAUGCUUAUUCCUCUUCUCAUUUUUUUGCCACUCUCUGUCCAUUAGGUUUGUGAACCAGGUGAACUUACUCAUAAACACUCCACCUGAUCCCCUGUCCAUUGUGACCCCUGAGUAUGUAACCGAGCUACUAGAAAGGGGUUUUAUUCUCAACACAGUGGGCAACAGGCUUUUUUAUGUAGCCAUGCCUUUUCUGCUGUGGAUAUUUGGGCCGGUGCUAGUUUUCUUGUGCUCUGUUACAAUGAUCCCAGUGCUUUACAAUUUGGACUUCGUGUUUACCAAAGCAAAGGAAAAGAGCCGCGUUAAUGGGGAUGUGGAUAGGGAUUUUGUCUGAAUGUAUUCAGUAAGUAUAUCAUAUCAGAUAUCAUAUUGGUUGGAUUUUGUAAUUAACUUAAAUAGUUAAUAAAUCAACUCAAUCUUUUUUUUUUUUUUUAAA